AUGAACGUGUGGUUCAUUACCAAGGAGCGUUCUGAGGGACUGCACACCUCCACAGAGGAUAGUGUGUACAUGUCUGCUGACAACUUGUUCAAAAGGGUUAUGAUCAGUGUUCUUGCUGAGAACUUGGUCAAUUCAUACAUGCAGCAUCCCUCUAGCAAGGCAUUGUGUGAUGCACUUGAGGCAAAUUUCGAAGUAUCCGAUGCAGGCAGCGAAUUGUACAUCAUGGAGCAGUUUUAUGAUUACAAGAUGAUCGAUGACCGUCCUGUGGUUGAACAAGCUCAUGGGAUACAUGCGAUUGCCAAGGAUCUUGAUAACCUCAGGUGCCCGCUGCCAGAUAAAUUUGUGGUUGGUGGCAUUAUUGCCAAAUUGCCUCCUUUGUGGAGAAAUUUUGCUACUACUCUGAAACACAAGAGACAGGAGUUCACUAUAGCCGGUCUAAUCGGCACUCUUGAUGUUGAGGAAAAGGCGAGAGCAAAGGAUCCACAUGCGCGUGGCAAUGAGGGAGGUUCUAGCGCCCAUGUGCAUAAGGGCAAAGCGAAGGUUGUGUUUCAACACAAGACUGCUCAGACUACCAACUUUAUGAAGAAGAAGAACACCAAGGGAAAAUGCUUUGUGUGUGGUGGUUCUAACUAUUGGACCAAGGACCACAAGGACAAGCAGCAGCACAGGCAGAAGAAGUCUGCUAAUGUUGUUAUUGGCGAUGCUGAGAAGGGAAUAUCAGGGUCAAAGGGAUUGGAUCCAUGUUGA